AUGGCACAGACCUCUUACUCUCUACCUCCGACUCCUAUCGCCUCUUCUUUCGAAGAAUCGUUGUCAUCGACGAAGCGUCGUAAAUCUCAACGUCCAGUUGAUCUCAAGGACCCCCAGCCAGAAAAGAUCACUAAGACUCCGGUGCAAAAGAAAAACGAUGUUCCUGCUUCAGAGUCUACCAGUGAUGCCAACAGUAGCAGGCGCCAUCGGAAAUCAGGCAAGCCAAAUGGUCACGCCGCUAAUGCAGGUGACUCGCAAGGCCAUCAACUGACGACUCCUACUACUUCCAAUUCCAAGCGCAAGGCGCAGGCUCCGCCGUCUGGAUCGGACUUGGGCACCUUUCUCAAAGACCCUCCGAAGAAACGCAAGUCUCUUGCUACCGAGGCCGAGCUGGCCAACACAUCCAAAAACAAAUCCAACUCGAAGUCGUCAACCAUGACUCCUGCAACAACGCAGAACGAUCGCAAGGCCAGAAAGUCCAUGCCUGCGAAGUUGCACGGUGCCAGCAACAAGAAAGACACUGUCCAUCCUAAAUCCUCUGUCAAGGCCUCCGCUUCUCGCGCUUCUACUCCGGCUCGCAUUGAUCGUAAAGCCAAGCCAACUUCUCAAGCCAAUGCCAAGGCGACCAAGUCUGCCAAUAAGAUUGUUCAAGCUACACCAGCCAAACCUGCUACCCCCAUUGCCCCCAAGGCCGAAAAAACCGAAACAGCCGAGUCAGCAACUCCUGCCGCCCAGGCUAACACAAUUUCACGCGACUCUACUGCCAGAUCCCGUCGUCGUGAUCGCAAGUCCACGACCAGGACCGAUCGCAACCUUUCAGAGCAUAUCCAGGAGACGGCGACCAAACACAAUCACAAUCCGCCGGUUCAGAUUCACGAAACCCCGUCUCAGCCCCCUCCUGUCCCAGACCCGACCCUCGAAGCAACUCAACCUCUUUCUCACAACAUGAACACUCGAAGCUCGCGAGCCAAAACCGCCGCUAAACUGCUGGCUGUCGAUAAGCCUUUGGACUCCCCCGCGACCCUGAUGGUUCUUGAGACCACUCCAUACAACGGGGAGGUCAACGACAGCGUCGAGGGGACGCCUGUGCAAGCCUACGGUGACAACUUCCAUUUCGAAUACGGUCCCGAGAUGUAUGGCAACGGCUUCGGCCUUGACGGCCAGGUGGAUGGCCCGGGCUCACCCACGAGCCUAUCCACUGGCACGUCCGUUGCAGCGAGGACUUCGAGUCGCAUUCGGAAGCCCACCAUCAGGGCUCUGGAGUCCCUGGAGUCGGAGCGACAGUUCCGCCGCUCCAGGGCUCCAUCCAGCAAACCCGAGUCGAUGUCGGGUGAGGGUCUGGGGCAGAAGAAGGGAGGCGCGGCCCAGCCUGAGCAUCAGGUUUCGGCAUCCGCGCAGGCGUCUCAGCCGGCGCCGUCUGCCGCUCAGCAGCCCGAUACGGCAUUUAUUGCCAGACGGCUGCUUGAGCUGGCGGUGGCGGCCGUGUCUGCAGACCCUGCGCUGGAUGCCGGGCUUGAUGCCAGGCUGGAGAGCCUGCGCAGAGAGUUCGAAGCGGAGCAGCGGGGGCGGGAUGGAGAGGAGGCGGGGUCGGAGGGAGAAAGUAGGCCAACCUCGAGCAUGCCAUUCGGUAUGGACAAGACGAAAGUAUCGGAGCCGUGGACUGACGAGGAUGGUUGGACGCAUACAGGUCUUCUCAACAAGUUUGGGGAGGAGUACGUCUUUGUCUCUUCCGACUUUGAGUGGGUUCAUCCCGCCAACACCUACGGGGAUGACCAGCUCCCCCAGCCGCCGGGGCGGUUCAGGUCGCGUGAACAGGCGGAGAAGGACCGGAUCUUCGGGUACCCCCCGCGGCUGGGGGAGCGUAAUCUCCCGCAGCAAACGAAUCUCCCCUUUCGACUGGAGGACGUUGACGAGGAAAGGGCCAAGGUCAAGGCACGAGACGGCGCCCGGCUGAGGGGCAUCCCGGUGGAUCGGACAAUGUCGGCCGCGGAGAUUGAGGCCUUGAUCGCGCAGUAUGACAACGCUGGGCAAAGCGAGCCCUCGAAGGAGGAGAAGCCUGCCAGUGGUUCGCGCAAGAGAAGACGCACGGAGCCCGUCAAUGAUGCCACUGAGUCAACUUCGGGGACCAAGAGGCGGCGCCAGAAUCCGAGUGCUCCCGCUCCCGCUGCCGCUGCCGCUGCCGCUGCUGCCGAGAAGCCAAGCCUCAAGUUGAAGUUCAAGUUUUCCAACCCCGAGAAAGCGGCGGCGGCGGCAGCGAUCUUUGGGCCAAUGCCAUCCAGCCCAUCGAAGAAACGCCUUCUCGACGACGCGGAGACGGAUGGUGAGGGCAGUUCCCCUAAGAGACGCAAGCCAUUACCAGAGGCAGCCAGUCCCGCUGAGCAGAACCAGACACCGAAUGGUCGUCCGCGGCGCCGUGCGGCAACGGCUCUGAUGGCCGAUUUCCAAUCUCACGCCGAGGAGAGGGCGCGUCGGGCCGCUCGAAAGAAGGCCGCCACUCCUUCGAAACAGGGAGGCGGGAAUGCUGAGGGCGAGCUAAUGAAGAGCGCAUGA